AUGACCCAACCUUCUACUAUCCACCAGAGAUUCCUCUCUAAGCCCAACCAACUCGGCGUCGUCGCCGUUGGCUUCAAUGGCGGCCAGUGCAAACUAGGCGUCGAAGCUGCCCCUAUGGCCUUGGUGGAAGCUGGCCUUCUCGACCAACUCCACGACGAUCUAGACUACGAGAUCCACUACGAUAAGAAGGUCCAUUACUAUGAGGAGCAGAUUCCCCAAGAUGACCCCGACCACCGCGGCAUGAAGAACCCUCGCGCGGUUAGCGCCGUCACUGAGGCUCUAAGCUCCCAGACCUACAAACAUGCGCGCGACGGCAAGUUCGUCCUGACCCUCGGUGGGGACCACUCGAUCGCGAUUGGAACCAUCUCCGGCAUUGCCAAGGCGACUCGCGAACGCCUAGGUCGGGAAAUCGGCGUCAUCUGGGUGGAUGCGCAUGCCGAUAUCAACAUCCCCGAGAUGAGCCCCAGUGGAAACAUCCACGGCAUGCCUAUGGCCUUCCUGACCGGGCUUGCCCGCGAGGAGAAGAAGGAUGUCUUUGGAUGGCUGCAGGAAGAGCACAUUGUCAACCUCCGCAAACUGGUGUACAUCGGUCUGCGUGACGUGGAUCGAGGUGAAAAGAAGCUGCUCCGUGAGCACGGCAUCAAGGCGUUCAGCAUGCACGACGUUGACCGACACGGCAUCGGUCGGGUGGUCGAGAUGGCCCUGGGUCACAUUGGAAACGAUACCCCGAUUCAUCUGUCAUUCGACGUGGAUGCGUUGGACCCGCAGUGGGCGCCCAGCACGGGUACCCCAGUGCGCGGCGGACUGACCCUGCGCGAGGGAGACUUUAUCUGCGAAUGCGUGCACGAGACGGGCAACCUGAUCUCGAUGGACCUGGUUGAGGUCAACCCCAGCCUAGAAUCGUUGGGCGCUUCGGAAACGAUUCGCACAGGAUGUUCGUUGGUGCGCAGUGCGUUGGGCGAUACCCUUUUGUAG